AUGCAGGCGAUGGGGAUGAUGAGGAGUGGGCCUUAUGGGUGGAGAGCACUGGGCGGCAUGGAUCGGAAGGUUACCCUGUGGCCCACGUACUGGCCUUCACCACUCUUCACCGUGAAGAAUCUCUUCAAGCAACCUGUGCUGGACAUUGCAUGGUCCCCAUGCGGCCUUCACAUGCUCUGCUGCUCUGCCGACGGCACUGUAGCAGCCUUCCUGUUCGACCAAUCAGAGCUCGGCAUCCCUCUGACGCGCCGCGAGAUGGACGGCCGGAUCGCCAGCCUGUACGGCCACCGCCAUGUGGCGGCGUCCCAUUCGCUCGUAGAGGACCCUGAAUUGCUGGCGCUCCAGCAGCAGGUGGAAAAAGAAGAAGCCGCUGCUGCUGCCGCCGCCACCACUGCAGUGUUUGGAAAUCCAAACACAGCAGGUGGUGGUUAG